AUGGAUGAACAAGAGUUUCUUUUAGAAUUAAACAAGUACCCUUUACUUGCAAGACAAGAGGGUGUAGUAUCACCUGUACCACAGUCACAAGAACCAAAUCUACUAUCAAUGUUUUCUUCAUUGACUAGUGGAAUGUCACAGAAUCGUACAAAUAACAAUAACAAUAACAAUAAUAAUAACAAUCCAAAUUUAAAGACAGAUACUUUUGAUCUAGGAGAUCCAUUUUGGCCUAGAUUACUAGCAUUCUUGCAAGAUAAUGUAGAUACAGAACAAGCACAAUCAAUAUUUGGUUCAUUUAUUAAAUCUCAUCAACAAUAUAUGACCGAUAAUAAUAAAUGUAUAUAA